UAACUUACUUUACUAUUUCAUUAAGGUUUUGGCAUUGACAACAGGACAUCUUUACCACAGAUCAAUUCUUUUCCACUGGGUAGCACACUUUUCAAUAUCUCCAUGCAUGCAGCAAUCCGUCAUGGAAAAUGGAAGUUACUAACUGGAUACCCAGGCUGUGGUCAUUGGUUCCCUCCACCGUCUUUGUUCACUGAGUCACAGAUUCAGUCAUAUGAUCCACCAACGAAGAGACUUUGGCUGUUUGAUAUUGUUCGUGAUCCUGAAGAGAAAUAUGAGUUGUCUGAAAAGCAUCCUCAUGUAGUGAAAAAGCUGCUCUCACGUCUUCAGUACUAUUAUAAACGUUCAGUGCCUGUGUUCUAUCCUGAUGAGGAUCCCCAGUGUGAUCCAGCAGCAACUGGGGUCUGGGGUCCUUGGGCAUAGUGCACAGCACUGUAUCCUGUAAAACAUACCUGCAGUAGUGUUUGAUUUAUGGACUUCAAAAUCCUAGUCACAUCUGUCUUACCUUUUUACACUGUUGCUAAUUGUGAACUCAUUCUCUGCUCGUUCUUUAAGAGAACUCUUAAAAUACGGUCAGAAUCUUAUUUCAGUCCUUCCCACUCUCUCCUACACAUUUAUUGUUUGUGAAAUAUUGAUAAAAUUACAAAUCUGUUGUUCGAGUAUUCUUUUUUAACAUUAUGCCCUUAAAGCAGAAAGUAAAAUGUUGCCUCCUUCUCCGGAAGGGAUUACUUCAAUUAAAAAGCUGCAGUGAGUCAUGGCAGCAGAAAUUUUCAGAAUUCUCCUGUGGAAUAAACAGAUAUUUUUGUUUCAUGUUUACUCAGGAGACAAAUUCUAUUGAAAGCUGUUAAAAAAUAAAUAAAAAAUACAUCAGUUGACA